AUAGAUUUAGCAACCACUGGUGCUCUAAUAUUUGCAAAAAGAUAUGAAGGAAAAGCUAAUCAAUAUGAUAUAAAUUCAAUUAAAUUUCCAUAUGGAAUUUAUAAAGCAACAAUAGAAGGAAAUUCUCCAAAGAAAAGUCUUCAAUAUACGAGAUAUUUACGUUAUAAUCUAUAUAGAAUUUACACACAUUAUGAUUUAGAAUAUGUGUGA